CAACUUUAUCUUAUUAAUUAGCAUAGCUCAGUUAAAACUAAAAAGCUGAAAUUUGGCCUGGGUGUUAAUAACGUUUUUUUUUGGGAUUCCUUCCCUACAUCUCAAGUGAGGAAGAUUUUUUUCUCGUCUUUACUAGUGUUGGUUAUUUUUAUCAGAAUUUCUGUGCACUUUAUAAGUUUAAAGUGCUAAUUUAAUUUACAGUGUCCUUCACUAAAAUCGACACAAACAUGUGCAGGUUUUUUUUUAUCUAUCUCGAGCAAAUCUCCACGUAUCUUGGUAAAAGGUGAUAUUACCUAAACUAAAGGUUUUAAUUAAAAACAUUGAUUACAGGACUACUAACCAUGGGUAAUAAAAAAGAGAAACGCAAAAAACGGCCUUAUACGGCAAAACAUUCAGUAGCAAUGAUUAACUUAGCGGUGGAAGCGAUGAAAAAUAAAACCAUGUCCUCAUACGAGGCUGAAAAAGCCUUCGGAAUACCUCGCCGGACUUUAUUAGACAAAUUAAAUAAUAAACACCCUAAGAGUCCAGGGUGCCCUACGAAACUCUCUAAUAAGGAGGAAGACGACACAGUAAAAGUUUUAAUCGCAGCUGCUGAUUAUGGCAGCCCCUUGACUCUUUUGGAUUUGAAAAUUGUCGUAUACAGAUAUUUGGAGGGCAACGGAAGACUAUCAAUUUUCAAUAACAAAUUACCUGGAAAUAAGUGGGCAUACUCUUUUAUAAAAAGAAACAAACCUAAAUUAACCUACAGAGUGAUCCAAAAUAUAAAAAGGAGCCGAGCAGAAAAAAGUGCUGAUGAAAUAAAAGAUUAUUUCACAAAUUUAAAGUUAUCACUAGAAGGCGUAUCUAAUGAGAAUAUAAUUAAUUACGACGAAACAAACUUGACAGAUAAUCCUGGGGUACAAAAAUGUUUGGUCAGAAGAGGAGUCAAGUAUCCCGAGAGAGUGUUAAAUUUUACGAAGGGAGCUAUAUCUAUAAUGUUUGCAAUAACCGCAUCAGGAGAAUGUCUUCCUCCAUACGUUGUAUAUAAGGCGGAACAUUUAUACACACAAUGGACACUUAAUGGACCCAAAGGAGCCAGAUUUAACCGUUCUAAAUCAGGAUGGUUUGAUAGCAACUUAUUCGAAGAUUGGUUUGAAACUAUUAUUUUACCAUGGGCUAAAAAUAAACCUGGUAAGAAAGUUUUAAUUGGAGAUAACCUAGCAUCCCACAUAAAUGUCAAAAUUGUGAAAUAUUGUGAACAAAAUGAUAUACGUUUCGUAUUUUUACCUACAAAUUCAACACAUAUAACCCAACCUCUGGAUGUAUGCUAUUUUGGUCCAUUAAAAAAACUAUGGAGAGAAAUUCUAUUAAAUUACAAAAUAAAAAACCCAAGAGAAACAACGAUUCACAAGGGACAUUUUCCAGAUCUACUCAAAAAACUAGUAGACAAACUUAACGUGAAAACACAUAAUAUAAUCAGUGGAUUUAAAAGCACUGGUAUUGUGCCAUUCAACCCUGAUAAAGUAAUUAGUAAACUGCCAGACUCAGACCAACAAACAAUGUCAUAUUCUAUCGACAAUGCGCUAUUAGACUGGCUGAAGGAGACUCGCAGUGCAGAUCCUAAUAAAAAAGUACGAAAUAAGAAAUUAGAUGUGCCCCCGGGCAAAUCAGUCUGCGAAAAUGAUUUUAAAAAUUUAAAAACUCAAAGUAAUAAAGUAGAAUUAGUAAAAAAGAAUAAAAGAAAAAGGGGAAAAAAUCUUAGGACUGUACUGGUAAAUUCAGACUCAUUAUUGCAAUUAUCUCUAACGGAAAAAAAUCCUGAAAGUCUCAAAAACUUGUGUAUCAGAAGUGUCAAUACUAACUUACUUCCAUUUGUGCAAAAUGCUAAGGCACCCAUGUCGCGAACAUCAAAUGUUAAAUACUUAGAUGACAUAUUAAAAAAUGAUAAAGAAAAUAUGCCAUUUAGUAAUAUAAUUCCAGACUGUCUUCAAACAAAUAAAACAAAAAUUAAUAUUACUUCUAAUGUCAUUAUCAAAGCUGGAACAUCUCAAAAAAUACUCCAAAGUAAGAAAGAAAAUACAAAUUUUAUAAAGAGAGGGGUUACAAUCUCGCGGUCUGCCUUACACAUGAAACUGAACUCCACAACAAAAGAUACGGUAGCUGAACAAAGAAAAGUCCUCGACAAAAAUACACACGAAGAAAAGCUAGAAGAAAUGACAGACACUGUUGAAAAAAAACCAAAUAAUGAAACUAAAAAAAGAAAAAGUAGAGAAACUCUUAAAGCAAAAAAGAAAACUCUAAAGCGUACGUCUGUGAAAAGAAAAAGGAAGACAUCUAGUAGUCAAUCUAGCUUAACAACUGACAUUGAAAUGAGUAUAGCGGAUGAUUCUGAAUACGAAACCUUGGACGACUUUAUCUCGGUAUGCCAGAGAGAAGAACAAGAAAAUAUAGAACUAUCAAUGCACUACGGAAUUUCUGAUAUUGAAUACUUCAAAGAAAGUGAUAAUAAAUUAAAAACAAACUCCUGGAUUUUAGCUCAAUUCGUUACAAAAAAGAGCGUGAAGCAUUUCGUAGGAAAAGUAAUAUCAAUAAAGAAUAACGUUCCUGAGGUCAAAUUUUUGAGAAAAAAGAAGGAAUCAAAAGUUAAAAAAGGAUCAGUAUUUACUUACCCAACAGUGGAUGAUAUUUGGCCCAUGAAGCAUUUAGAUGAUAUUAUUUUAGUACUACCUGAGCCAAAAAUUUGUCGACGAGGUCAAAUUUUUUUUAAUAACGAUUUAAGUAAUUACAACAUACAAUAGUUAUUCUACUUUAAUUACUUUAAAAAUGAGAGCAUCAUUAAAAUUUUAGUUAUUACAUUUUUGUUUUACCUGAUUGUUCAAAUUAAUAAGGAAUUUUAAGUUGAAUAUUUCAUUCAUAAAAUUCUCAUUUGACUUUUUUUUUUAUUAAUUUGAUUUUAUUGCUAUGAGG